CUCAAGAUGGCGGCGCUUUUUGGCUGUGUUGAUCAUUGGGGAGAGAUUGACCCUCCACUGCCCAAAACACCAGGUCUCCUCAUCGAAAUAACAGAACCGAAAGCAGCAGAAUAUGAAGUACCAAGAUUACACCAACCUUCCUCAGAACACUUUCCACCUAAAGACGAAUUGCCUGCAAAGUUUAUGGCAUCUGUUAAGCCCCCACUUGACAAACACUCACAGAACCUAACACUACACUGUAUUGAGCUACAACAUCACAAAAGACGCAUGCGGCUUAUGUUGAUGGCAGCACAACAUCAACAUGGAGAAGGAGGGAAAUCAGAGGGUGUUGAAGCAUCUUCUCUACCUGCCCACCCACCCAGAUCAAAGCGAUUCUGCUCCAGUAAAGGAGUUGUGACACCCCCAACACAGACCACUAUCCUAUCAAGGGCCCAGGAAACUAUCAGUGCUCAUGGAUCCCAAGCCAAGUUAACAUGUGCUGAGCUAGACAGUGCCUCCAACAGACAUUUGUUGAUGAGGUCUGUAGCUACCUUAUGUGCAAUGGCAGGAUUUGAUAUGGCUAGUGAAUCUUCCCUGGAAAUACUAACAGACAUUCUUGACGACUUCAACACUAAGCUUUGUCGUCUUUUGAGAAUAGGCGUGGAUAAUGCUGCACUGAAUGGGAGGACAGGUUUUCCUGAUGCAAUGGAAUAUGCCCUACAUGAGAUUGGUCUUGGUGGAUGUGCGGCUGUUCAUAAGUACUGGGUUCAGGGUGUACAGGACUAUGCUCUGAGGCUUGAUCAGGAGGAUUUGGACAUGAUACAAGAAUACAAGUCUUUGAUUGAUCCAACAACCAGGGCAUUAUCAGCCAGUGCUCAAGAGGGAGGUUCUUCUCAAGGUUACUCGUAAGUUAGCUUGUAGAAAAAGCUGCAUCUAGUUUUUCAGCCUUAAUUUAUUCAUGUUGCCAGGAAAUGCCAGAGGAGUGUUUGCCGUCCAGCUUGACGUACUAGAAAACUAAUAAGUAUACAGGUGAUCAUAUGGUUUUGAGUUCAAUUUGGAAUUAAUUUGUACAAGUGAAUUU